UGGAACCUCCUCCUCUUCUUCUUCUCUACUCGCUGAAGCUCUCCGCAAAACCGCUUUCAACUUCUCACGUCUCUGGUUCUCCAAUGGCAUCCUCUUCAGGUGAUAAGAAACGUUGCCUUUUUCUUGAAGCGGCUUUUUCUGGAGAUCUCAAACUGAUGAAGACUCUGUCAAAGUUGCUUGAUACAUGUGAUGGUUUUUUAGCGAAAAGAGUGGAGAGCAUUAAGGAUCAUGAUGGUCGAACCGCUUUACACCUCGCUGCUGAACAAGGAAAAGCUAAUGUGUGCGAGUUUCUUAUCGGCGAAGUGAAAAUGGAUGUUAAUUUGAGAGAUCGAAAAGGUAAUACUCCUUUACAUUGUGCAAUUCUAGAAGACCAUUCUCACAUUGCUGUUAGUCUUCUUGAGAACGGUGCAAAUCCCAAUGCAGCAACUGGACAAAAGUUUACUCCUUUACACUAUGCUGCAAAGAGAGGAUGUAGGAAAGUUUUACAACUUUUGAUUUCAAAAGGUGCUGAAAUUGAUGCACAAGCAGAUUCUGGCACACCAUUGCAGGAGGCGGCAAGUCUUCGCAUGGAUGAGGCUGUUAAAAUUUUGUUAGAUAACAAUGCAAACCCGAACUUGACAUUCCGUCAUUUGUUUUCACCGUUGCUGUUAUCCCUUUGUGCUGGUUCCAUUGAAUGCGUGAAGCAACUUCUUAAGGCUGGAGCUGAUCCAAACAUGAGAACAGUCGGACCUACACCUUUAGAAUAUGCAGCUUCUUUAGGAGACACAAAAAGUAUUAAAUACUUGUUGGACGAGGGAGCAUUACCGAAUAUGGCUAGUAAUUUGGGUCUAACACCAGUUGAAGUUGCAGCGAGACAAGGUCACCAUACGGCUGUCGAGAUUCUUUUUCCGGUUACCUCUUCUAUUGCAUCAGUUGCAGACUGGAGCUGCGCUGGUAUAAUGAAGCACUUCCAAUCCAUAGAAGUUAAAAAAAAGUUGGAGCAGAGGAAGAAUGAACAAUUUGUGCUGUUUAAAUCAAAGGGACAAGAUGCAUUCAAUAGAAAGGACUAUCAUGACGCGAUCUAUUGUUACACUGAGGCCGAAUGUUUAGAACCCAUGGAUGCAAGAGUGAAGUCAAAUCGGAGCUUAUGUUGGGCUUGCUUGAAUGAAGGUUAUCGCGCUUUAGCUGAUGGGCAGAAAAGCCUCUUGCUAGAUCCCAAAUGGCAGAAGGCCUACUAUAGGGAAGGUGUGGGGUGGAAGUUACUGAAGGAUUUUGAGAAGGCAGCUGAUUCAUUUUACAUUGGGUGGAGGUUAGACGUGGGAAACAAGGAGCUUCUGCAAGCUUAUCGGGAGGCUAGGCAAAUGCAAAUUCAACAAGCUGCUGCUGCUGCUCCUGCUCGGGAGCCUUGCUUCGACGGUUGCUGCUGCUGUGCAAAUAGACAAAAUCUGUAGCUGGGUGACGCUGAAGUUCCCUUGUGUAUUUUACUUCUAUAUUACAGACUGUAUUUUCAACCUAAUUUUGAACAAUUAAUAUCAGCCAUUGUCUCGAAAAUGAACCAUCGAUUGCACCGCCUAGACAAACACAACACAAGCCACUUUUCUGCUUUUUGUUCCCAACGACAAUGAAGUUUGA